AUGUGUCGCGUAAGUGGAAAGAAAUGUAGCAGAGCAUCUGCUGAUGCAGCCAACAUCAAGCGUAGUAUUAGCGACUUGAGUCGACAGCAUGGUGGUCGAAAAAUGGAUUACUUGUUCAAGACAAGAGAUGCAGGAACUGAAGUUGGUUGCGGUGAAUGUGGCUUGAUUGCUGGUGUAAAUACCACCAAAGAGUUGCAAGAUUGUGGGUUUAAAAUGCCCAAGGUCAUGAAGGACAUGAUGUUUAGACUCGUGUUGGAAUCACCUGGCGUUAUGAACAAACUCUGUAUCAGUGGCGUUUAUAUUGGUCAAAAUGUGUUGAAAUUAUCGAUUUUAGAUUGUCCUGCAGGCUAUGUGACAAGAUACGAUGCUUUCAAUCCAGUUGACUAUCCAAUGACAGAAAGCAAGAUUCGCCGUCAAUUAGCUGCUGUGUUGAAAAUGAUUCUCAGUGCAAGACUAAUUAUGCAAGAUGCCAAACAAAAGCUUGAUGAUGAUGAUUCUGAGAUAGUUUUGGGGAAACAAAGACAUUUAAUUAUGCAGCCAUCUUUUACCCUCAAUGUAGUAUAUAAUAAGAAGCGUAAACUUUAA